ACAUUAUUGCACAUUUGUUUUUUACCAUAAAGUUGAGGGACUUGAGUGAAAGUUACCAUAUAGUUUAGGGACAGCUAGCUAGGGCUUGCAAACCACAACCCGUACUAUCAUCGCAUUUGCAAAAAUACACGACCACUUCGCCGGAGCCGGUGACGAUUGAAAAAUGGGGGAGAAGAAGAAGAGUGCAACAAUUCUCAUAAGGCUGGUUUCUGCAGCAGGGACCGGCUUUUUCUACGUGAAGAAGAAGAAUCCGAGGAAGAUACAAACCAAGUUAGAGUUCAGAAAGUAUGAUCCGCGUGUCAAUCGUCAUGUUCUGUUCACUGAGGCCAAGAUGAAAUGAUCGCGAUACAAUCUAGAUACGAAAAGCAUUAAUCUUUUCUAGUUUUGUAUGAUCAUGAUGAACUAUGCUUCUGUCACUGUCUUUUUAUAGUAUGUAAGCCACUGAAUUAAAACAUUUAAUUUCAACACUUGUUUUAGUUGAGUAUUGAAUUGGAUAUGAGUCUUUUUGGUUA